AUGGAGGUGAUGUUGAUGGGAUCCUCAAGGUUGCUCUCGCUCUUGGUGUUGCUGCCGCUGGCUGCAUCAACGCUGUCGAAGUGGAAGGAGCUGGAAGAUUCGAAGGGAAGGGUGUACUACCUCAAUCGUGCCACUGGUGCUACCUCCUGGCAUGCACCGCGGCAGUUCCCCGUGGUCCAGGGCAGCUGCCAAUCUGCAUGCGGUAUGCAGACCUGCGAGAGCUGGCUGAUCAAGAAGGCGGAUGGCUAUGGCGCAGGCAAUCGUGAGUUGCAGUGCUCCCUGGCACACGCAUCCAUGCUGGAGGCAUGCCACGAAAGAUGCCGGCACUGCAGGGUCCAAGACACGGCCUGCAACCACAAUCUGCAGUUCCACUGUCAGGAAGAUCAGUUCCACUCAGACGACAGCUGGUCCCUGCAGCGGAAGAGCUGGUGCUGCCAACACUUCCAGGUGGCCUGCAAUUCACACCGAGCGCUUCCUGCACCCUACGAUUGUGAGGCUGGGCUGAAGACAGCCCACGACACGUGGAGCAAGGCCAAAACACACUGGUGCUGCUCCAAUGAGCAUAAGGGCUGCAAGUACGAUUGCUUUGAGGAGCUGCACGACUGGCAAGAGGGUUGGCCUUUGCAGAAGAGGGCCUGGUGCUGCGAGCACGCCAAGCUGGGCUGCAUCAAACCCGAUGAAUCGGCUUGCCAGCUGCAGGCAGGGGAGACCCCUGCGCACUGGACGUCGGUGAGGCGGCACUACUGCUGCAGAAUUCAGUCGAUAGGCUGUUCGCACACCACGCCCACCCCAUUGCCCGAUGUGGAGCACCCGCACCACUGCACGGGAAGGCACUGGCCGCUGGAAAAGAUCAAGUGGUGUUGCUUGGCCAAGAAGAUCGGUUGCAAGCUCUUGGCCAGCACGACAACCACCACAGAAGUGCCAGAUCUUUUCGACUGCAAGGCUGGUCUCAAAAACUGGGAGGAGGGAUGGUCACACAGGAAGAAGGCUUGGUGCUGCAGUCGGAAGCACAUAGGAUGUGCUUUCGACUGCCGGCAGGACUUGAAGACGUGGCAGGUCAGCUGGACGGGUCUUCAGAAGACCUUCUGCUGCCAGCAUUUUCACGUUGGCUGCGUGGGUGGACGCUACGACUGCGCUGCGGGCAGGACAUCAACGUGGCCAGGCGAAAAGCGGCACUGGUGCUGCAGGCACCUGGGAUUGGGCUGUGGCGACUCCUACACGCCACCGGACUGUGACCGGAGCAAGGAGGAGUCCUGGUCUCCUUCCGAGCGAGAGUACUGUUGCAUUGCACGUGGCCUCGGUUGUGUCACGGGCCACUCUGUUUCGCAUGCCUUUCACGGCCAGCACAUUCACGAGAUCGCGCACAUUUCCCACUACCACCACAUUCCACAACCAGUCAUCCAAUUCACUCACCCUGCUCUCCUCGCUCCACCCCCAGCGCCUCCUACGGUCAGUUUCCAUUGCACCACAGGCGAGAAGGACACGUGGUCGGCCAUCCAGCGCGACUGGUGCUGCAAAUAUGCGAACACUGGUUGCGAUGUGCAUGAGAGUGCUUCGCACAACGGCUUCGACUACGACUGCAACUCUCAUGACGACUGGGAGGUCUGGUCUACCAAGCAGAAACAGAUGUGCUGCCGGGACUACGGCGUCGGCUGUCCUGGAUGGAGCCCCCACGUCCCUCAUGUCGCUCAUGUGGUUCAUUCCCAGAACCCUCAGAUAGCUGGCGACUCCCAGAUAGCUGGUCUCGCAACACAUCAUUUCCACUUUCAUUGCAAUGCUGACGACCCCGCAAUGGCGGCGUGGUCCGUGCAGAAGCAGCAGUAUUGCUGCCAUGACUAUGGAGUUGGCUGCCCUGACGCUCAGUCUGCGUCUGGCCAUGCUUGGCACGGGCAGGUGCUGCCUGGCUACAAGUUCAACUGCUUGGCAGGUGGCUUUCCCCACAGCUGGUCGCUCCCGAAACGAGCUUGGUGUUGCAAGCACGAGAGUUUGGGCUGUUCCGAUGCUGCAAGCUACGACUGUCGCCCUGGUGCCGGUGGCGCCUGGCCACGCGCCAAGGCACAGUGGUGCUGUGAGCACGAGAACGUCGGCUGCGGCUCUCUGCCUCCGCGUUACGACUGCACGGAUGGCGUGGCGAGCUGGAAGGAGUGGCCACCUGGAAAGCGAGAGUACUGCUGCGACUCCGUGAAAGUGGGUUGUCCAAAGCCGAUCCAACCCUGGAUCGCACAGCUGCUAACUCCAUCGGCACAGCAUGAGCUGCACAACGAGGACGUGAGAAGGAGGUCACGGCACCCAAAGUACAACUGCGCGGCAGGCCUCAGUCAUUGGCAGGACGGCUGGUCAAAAGCGAAAGCAAGCUGGUGCUGUAAGUACAAGGGCUAUGGCUGCCCCUUCCUCUGCCAUGGCUCGGCCGAGCAGCAAGCCGAGUGGAGUCCAGAGAGGGCUGAGUGGUGUUGCAAGCAACACGAUGUCGCUUGCCGCUUCAUGACCAAGUACCAGGUCAACGGCUUAAACGAGCUUGACUUGAAUCACCAAGGCACAUCCGUCCUCGCUGCAGCCGGUCUUUUUGUCACCCUGGUGGCCAUCGCGACAGUGGGGCGCCUGCGCGCAGCAGGUGCCGCGAAGCACGACGAGGUUUUAGGCAUGAGUGACUUGGAGCUCUCCGAGUGA